ACUUAGGGAAGCAACGGUUAAUUUUGUAAAUAUGGAAAAAAUGUGUUGCUCACGUGUUAAUUGUUAAUAUUGUGAUUUGUGUAAUUUGUGUUAAAAGCUGAUAACGAAGUUAAAGCAAAGAAGAUGAAUUGGAUGUUAUGCCUGAUGCUGUGCGCGGUAUGCAACAGCAGCGGCCAAAAAGCUAAGGAUGCCCCAAAAUCCAUAUAUACGGCAAGGCAGCGUGACCAGGUUCAUAAGUUGCGCAGUGAACUCAAUGCCGCCUUCGAGGCAGGAGAAGAGGCACCGGAGGGUGUCAUAGUGCAGCCAGAGUGGACCAAAAAAGGUAAUACUAAUACCCCGAUCAGCAAGGUUAUAGUCAACGAGUCCACAUUGAGAGAAGCGGAGGCUCUGCGUGUAGAGAUCACUCAAUCAGUCGUGAACCAGGGCCAUACAGACGAAGUUGUCAAGCUGGAGGCAGCUAUUAAAGCCAAAACAGAUGCCGCUAAGCAACAAACGGUUGUGGGCAGUGCCCGCAAUGAGAUGCUAGGCAGCAGUCAGGAGUCGGCUCCCAAUCAGGCUAAUGUUGUGGAUGCCACACCAUUGGACAUUGAUUUGGCACAGCUACAACAGCUGGAACUGUCCAAACGUCGCACGCGCGAAAUGCUUGUGCUCAGCCGCAUUGAGGAGGAUCUACAGUUUACGCUUGGAGCUGAUGUGUCGCAUUGGCUACAACUUCAGCAGAAUGGCACCGUCUUCUUAAUGGGUCGUCGUAGCAAUGAUGUGUUAAUGUUUCAGCAACAAGCUCUAUCCGAAGGUGCCCAUUUUCGUGGUUAUGCUCCACUCCAGCCAUUGUUAGUGCCGGCGGGCAUUGAUGCGCUGCUCAGCUAUGAGCGCUGGAACCCACAGGCACAGUGGCAGGAGAGCUUGGUGCUGCUGGCCACCGAGCAACAGUUGCUCUGGUACCGUCUAGAAGCGGAUAUGGGUCUGACACAGUUUUGGCACUGGCCGCUGGGUAGCAACAUCGACAAGAUGCUGCCUUUUGUUGUAGAGAACCGUGAAUAUUUGGCACUAAUGCGGAAUCAUACGCUCAGCAUUUAUGCUUAUGAUGUGGAUGGAUUGGAGUUCUGGAUUGUGCAGCGACUGCAGUUGGAGCAGCCUAUAACCGCACUGGCGGUGCAGGAUACGGGCCGAGAUUUGCUGCUCGCAGUGGGUCAGUUGGAUGAGGCGCUCAUCUAUGCGCACAACAUGCGCGAGCUUGCUCCAGAUGCAGGCUUACAGCUGCAGCUGCGGCAACGUGUGGAUGCACCUAAGGUUGCGGACAUAGCCGCCUUCCAAAUGGGAGGACACAGCUACCUGGCCUUGGGCGGCCUGCAACCACAGAUUCUUGCCUAUGUGCAGGGCCAGCUGGUGCCAAGGACAUUGCUUGGUCAAAAUUUUGGACUGGUCGAGCUAUUUCUACCGGUGCCCGUGCGCACCUAUAGGGAUGAUCUGCUGCUGCUGGUGCAGCAUCGUGUGUUUUUCGACACACAUACGCUGAUCCAGUUGGAGGUGCUUGUUUGGAAUGGUGAGGCAUUUGAGGCUAGCUUGCCGGCGCCCUGUGAGCUCGGCACACAUACACGCUAUGGUGCCGGAUGUAUGCUGGACGAGCAGCGUGAUGCCGGCUUGACAGGAUCGGUACUGCUACGUCACAUGCAGCCGCCUUUGUUGCUGGUGCCACGACAAGCGGCGCCUUCGGGACUAUUUCGACUACACACUCAAUUGCUGCCUCGAAACUCGGAGCUGCACGACCUUCAGGAAAUACACGACUUCAUGAAGCAGUGGGUAGAUGAGCAGGACAAGCUAAUUGAGCUGGCCGAGCAUCUGUUGCAAGCGGAGCAUCAUGCAGAGCCAGAGCUAAUCCACUACGAGGUGAUAAACACGCCGGUGCUUAUCAAUGAAGGUGCCACCUUGGAUGCGCUGCACGUCAAUGGAAUACCGUGGACGAUGCAAGAUUCUGCCGUGGAUCUGUAUGAGCUGUUGCAGCAGAUACGCCAGCUAACGCAACAAAUCCAAGGAAUGGUUGGAGGACGUAUUAAGCGUCAGCCGCAACUCUUUCGCUAUGCUUAUGAGAAACUGGAAUUCGAUAUUGUUGAAGUUCAGGAGCUGUAUAUCGAUAAGCUGAACCAUGUGCCCUUCUACGUACAGAAUGCCACACUAGAGUUCAACGGUUCGAUCAAUACGCAGCUCCUGGAUCUGAUGCGACCGCAGCCAAUUGAGCAAGCCGAAUCCUUACCCUCAAGCACUCAACAACACCUGGAACUGGACGCCGAUUUACGCUUCGAAUUUAUCAAUGGUCUGGAGUGGAAUCGAUUCAUUCAGCAGUUGGUCUGGCGUCAAGAACCGCUGCAGCUUUCGCAGCUGCGGGUGGCAGGCGCUGUUGUCUUUGAGGAUUCACUGCAUUUGAGUGCGCUUAAUGAGCUGAACUUUCCUGGGGACUAUCUCUGGUCACAGGGCACCUCCACAACUAUCGUUCAUUCACCCAAACAGUUUACUCAAACGUUGUCUGCAAAUAUGGUGGACAUUCCUGGCACUAUUAAUGGAUGCGAUCCCACCGAUGCAAUUACAUUAAGCGAUGCACAGGAUUGGCCAGGGUUGGUUACCUUUACACAGCUGGAAGUUUCAGAACAGCUUGAGCUAAAUGGCAGUGCCCAAGGACGUCAAUUUGAGGAGGCGCCUCUAAAUUCUAUGUUAACUGACUCGCAUCGCAUUUCAGCCGCCUGUCACUUUGUCGAACUGAUUGUCAAUGGGCCCUUGCAUCUGCGUGGCUUGCUAGAUAAUAACAGUUUUGAUGAGCUGUUGGGUGAUCUGGCGCAGCGUCCUGUUGAUCCCAAUGACGAGCUGCUUAUAGGAGGAUCCAAGCACGUGCAGCACCUGGCAUUGCCAAUGGAUACUCAUGUUUUGGAUGGUACAUUGAACAAAAUUCCCAUUGAGCGAUUUGUAACCAAACACACGGAACAAACUCUUCACAAUAUGAGCAGUCUGAAUGGUUAUAUAUAUUUCCAUCAGCUACAGCUCAGUGGUGACUACGAUGGCGUUCAGCUGGAGCAGCUGAUGGCCCAAGCGUUGCGUGUGGAUGCACCACUUCAGGCGCCAACUACACGACUCCAUUUCGCCAACGAGCCUCAAUUGGCAGAACUGCACGUGACACACAUGUUGAACAGCGUGCCGCUCUCUAGCGGUUAUCAUACCUUACAUGAGCCACUGUACCUCAGUCAAGCGAGCUUUGAACGCCUCCAGGCAGAACAGCUGGAUGUUGCGGAUAGUGUACUAGGUGCUGGCCACCUAAAUGGACACAAUCUUAGCGAGCUGUUCUCAAGACCGCCAAGCGUUGACACUGUACAGGUACAAGAGCUGAUUUUGCCCAUGGGCGUGCAAGCAUCGCAGCUUCAGGGUAUAAAUGCCGAACUGCUUUUGGGUUUUCUGCGUCAGUUGGAUGAGCUGCCCCUACUUAUUCUUCAUGGACAGCUGCAGGUUGAACAGAUUGCGGUUAGUGGAGCUGUGCUUGUAGAUGACACGCUAAACGGCCGAAAUAUGGCGCAGCUACAGCGCGAUGUUGUCUGGCUGGAUCGACCCAAUAAGUUAGGCACGCGCUGGCGCUUCCAGCAAGCACCCAUAUUUGCCAGUGAUGUAUAUCUCCAAGGUAGUUACAACGAACGAUUGCUACCCGAACUACUCAACGAUAUUGUAUUUCGCUCCGAUCCGGAGCAAGAGCUGCUCAUUGUGGGCACCAAGAGCUUUGCAGGCUCUGUGGUUGUUCUGGAUACUCUACAGCUGCAGGCACUAAACGGUGUGCCCGUCGAUCGUCUGGCCAAUAGUUUGCAACCAUUAGAGUUUGAUGGCCAGCUCCGUCUGGACGGACGGCUGUAUGUCGACGACUUACAGUUGAGGGGAGAUCUGAACGGAGAGUCAGUUGAAAAGCUGGAAAAGCAAUUGCGCUUUGAUAAGCAGAUAGGUGCUUUUGUACAUCGUGGUCUGAUUCGCUUACCGUCGCAAAAACAUCUACAGGAGCUGACGGUUCUAGGUCACUUGGGUAAUCGCAGUUCAGAACCAUUGCAGGAAUUCUUUGCUGAUGUGAUCAACAAGCGACAGCCGCAAUUGCGUAUUGAGGGUCACAAAGUAUUUACGGGACGCGUUAAUAUUCAAGGUGGCGCUCACAUUAUCGAACUGAAUGGCAUCAAGGUUGAGCAGCUAUUGCAGCAGAUUAUCUUCAUUGAUGGUACCGUAGAACGCCGCGAGGUGACACUGCAGUCGCCGGUGCACUUCGAAGCUCCUGUAGAGAUGAACGAAUUGCAGUUAGAACAAUUGGUGUUGCAGGGUGAACUUCUCAACGGCUGCAAUAUCAGUGAGUGGAUUCAUGAUACGCUGCGCGUGGAUCGUAACUGGCAAGCGAACACUCCUGUUAGUUUCGCUAAGGGUGCUUUGGACAACAAUGCGCUGCUUGUUGGCCAGUUAAAUAAAAUAAACUUGGACAAUGUAGUUACUCUGCACACUCAGCAAAAUCUCAGCUUUCCACUGGUUGCCAAAGAGCUACAUCUGGCUGAUGGACAUGUACAGCUAGAUGGGCGUGUGAAUGGACGCAAUUUGUCGAUGGAAUAUGCCAACACCUUGCUGACUACGGCGCCGCAGCCGCAGCGUGUGACCACGCCAUUAGUAAUGCAAUCCAUGGAUGUUACUGGUUCAUUGUUUGCCAGCGCGCCCAUCAACGGCGAUCCUAAUUUUAAUUUAAGUGAUGUGGCCACGUUGCAUGAGGAGCAACUGUGUCUGCAAACGCCGCUCAAUUUCGCCCAGCUUCAUGUGCCGGAGUUGCGCACGGACAUGCACAUAAAUGGAUUUAACUUCAGUGCGUGGCAUGAGAAGAGCCUGUGGGCGCAAGGUCGGGCAACUCAAAUUAUUAGUGGCAAUUGGAGCGUACGUUGGCUGCGUGUCAAACAGUCGGUAUCAGAGCAGUCAGCUCAUGAAAUUUAUCGGCGGCAGAGUGAAUGGGCAGAACGCUAUCAACAACUAUGCAAGCGGCUGUCUAGGCUUUUUGGUCUACUUCGUUUGCCCUACCAGGUAACCCAGCUACGUCGAAGCUUCGCAUUACAACAGGCUUCAGGUCAAGCUGAUAUACGACGUGUUUUUGCGCUACAAUCGGCGCCACACGGUGCGAGCUAUUUAUUGCUAAACAAAAUAGGCUGCUGGACGCGCAUCUAUCGCUGGGACGGCAAUCAGUAUAUAAAUGCUGGCAGCUUCGAGAGUGGACCUGUUGAUGAUGUUACUGUGCUUCAAUUGCGCAACGCUAGUGCCAACAACAAUGACCAGUUCAGUUUCAUGACCAGUUACGAGGUGAACGAUGAGCAAUUAGAACACAGAUGGAACUGUAGCAGCCUAGCAAAUCUGCAAAGCUGGCGCACCAGCACCGAGGUUGAUAUUGAACCAAUGGGGGUGCCAGCUAGCAAGCUACAGCAGCUACAGCAGAAGCAUGAGGCACAGCAGCAAAGGCGUGGGCCAAGCUAUCAGGACGCCAUUAAGUACCUAAACCGGCCCAUCGCAGAAUCACACUUGCAACCACAUCUCGAAGGAAUUCACGCACUUAGCCAGGAACAGUACGAGACGUUGGAACAGCGCCUGCUACAGCAUCUCAGUUUUCGUCUACAAACCGAGGUGAAUAUCACGCAGCUGAGCAUACCCGAGAGCGAUCUCUACGAUGACGAGCAUCUUGUGGAGGACUUUCUACGUUUAAUGCGACAACUGCGGCUUGCUUCUAGGUCUGGUAGUAAGGCAUUUGCCUUGCUGCCAACAGACACGCUGCCAUUGCCGAAUAGUCCGGCUCGCGUUUUAGCCGCGCGCAGUGCGCAACUGAUUUGGACUGUGGUAGAGGAGCUUAAUGCUCUACGUUCACGUCUAUCGACCAACGAUAGCCAGGGGCUACAGGAGCAGCGCGCUCUUGGUCCCUAUCUGGCAAACACAAUAAGAGAUGUAUUGCUACUGGCCAACGCUGACAGCCACGAGGAAAUUGACAAUGCAGAGGAAGACACCAUGCGACUACACGCGGUGAUUGAACGAUUGCGUGAGCUACAAGAGCAGAUACAGGAAUCCCAACAGUUGGACCUAAACACAGCGGAGACGAGCAGUGCGCUGGCCAUACUGCCACAUCCGAAACAACAAUGGGAACCCGUUGAAACAAUUCGUUUACUUGUGGGUCCUGCGCAGAAGGCACGGUUACUCUACGCCCGCCUUACCACAAUUGCUGAAGAUGCGUCGCCUAUUGCCCCAUCCACAGCGCCAACCGCUCACGUCCAGCUGCAUUAUGCCAAUGGAACCCUAUUCCAGUCAUUAGCGGCCGAUCUUAUGGCACGUCAGUUGACAGCUCUGCGCGUGCGCGACGAGACGCUGUUGGCCUUUGUUGAGGGUUGUUGUUUUGUGCGUGUCUUUAUUUAUCGAGGCAUUCAAGGUUUCGUACCGUUCACCCAGUUCCAUACCGAGGCAGAUGAGGAAACAUUGCAACCGGAUGUUCUGCAGCUGCUAGCUCUUCGCCUGCCAUUACAGCGCUCACCGGGCGCGCUCUAUUUAUUAGCCGUGGUUCAGACACGGCGCAUAGCCUUUUAUGAGCUAGUUAUGCCGGGAUACUUUGAGCCAUGGCUUCAUUGUAACUAAGCAAUUCUUGUAUAUUGUAUUACGUAUUAAUAAUUAU